ACAGCUUUGCCUCACAAGUAACAUGCAGUUGUUCUACUAGGGCACCCUAGUCAUUCUACUAGUCCACUGAAUUGUCUUAUAUGGCAAGUUUUCUGAGUAUUUAUUCAAUAUCCUACUUGGACUGUGAAUUGUCCAUGUACUACUACACACUGUCCUCACUUGUAAGACAAUUGGCAUGUACAAUAACAUGUAGUUGUUCUACUAGUGCACGAUAGUUUUUCUACUAGUGUGCAGAAAUGUCAUACAGUUGUGGAAGGCACUAGUAUAGAAAAACAGUUCAGGGUGUACCCCGCCUCUCGGCCAAAAGUCAGCUGGGAUAGGGUCCAGUCCACCUCCGACCGUCACCUAACUAAUGAGGACAAGUGCUAUUGAAAAUGGAACAGUAGGAUGGAGUUAGUUGUUCUAUAUUUGCUUCAGGUUCACGUGGUGGAGCUGCAGACACCCUCAAGAUGUCUCUGCUCCUCUGGCAUCAGUUCUCCUGGGAUUGAUUCAGUGGCAGAAGAAAAAGUACGAAAUGGAUGUGGGCAUGUUUUGCAGCUUUCUGACAUUUAUAUGAGUGAGAGUGAUGGGAUGCCAACUACUUGGGUGGGCUACAUACGAGGAAAUCUCAUCAUUUGAUUGACUAUGUGGGUGAGGCGUCUUAAUCGAGUGGGCGUCGUAAAUAACUAUGAGAUUGCGAGACUGCCUCAUUUUCGCACAGGUUUUAGUAAUUAAGCUGAACAUAAUGACUAGGUCGCUAGCUAACAGCAGUUCUACAGCGCACUAUCCAAAAGAGCAUGUCUGUGGAAUUAAUCCGAGCAACAGAAAAUUCAUUUAAUUAGGCAGUCCCUCAACAAUCAUGUUAACUACGUAUGAAUUUACAAUGUCUAAUUUAUAAUAAUAAAUAUAAAUCAAAGAUAAAACAUAAAACAGUUAAACAUAACAUAGCUUAAAACCAAUAAAAUAAAUAAAUAAAAACAAGACACUGAAACGAGCAGGGUCUCAAGAUAAGGAGGAGAAACAAGGAAUAAAAUUGUGUUUUAAGGCGGGUUUUAAAAUGGACGGUGAGGGUGCUUGUCUAAUAUGCACCGUGAAGUCAUUCCAUAAUUUGGGACCAACAAUAGAAAAAAGCUCAAGAAGCAGCUGGUGAGGUACCAGGCAGGAGCGUAGGGAUGGUGCAGUUCAGAGAGGUAAGGCCACUCUCUAAAGACCAUUUAGAGAAUUGAAAACUAACAGCUGAAUCAUAACAUGAACUACGAAGUUCACAGGCAUCCGCACAGAAUAGGAGGUAUGUGUUCCAGUUGUGAGGCGAACAGCAGCGUUUUCUACCAACUGGAGACAAUUGAGGGAGGACUGGCUGGCUCCAAAGAAAAGUGCAUUUCUGUAAUCCAACAGAGAUGUGAUGAGUUUGGGGAAAUGUCUUCACACAAAUCAACAUAGAUGCUUAGAUUUUGUCAGUCAUGCUCGCAAUAGUGUUUCUAUGGUAACUUGGGACUGUCCUGGCCCACACAACACAAAAAGAGCACGGAGAGAUGGCACAGAGGUAAUGAAUACAGCAACAGCCUUAUACAAUAAUAUUCUGGAUAAAAUAUUAACUACAUAUGGGAAGAAAGCUUAGUCACUGAUGGUGUAGUGGUACAUUCGCCUGACUUUGGUGCUGGCAGCAUGGGUUCAGUUCCCACUCAGUGACGGUGUGAAUGUGAGUGCGAAUGGUUGUCCGUGUCUAUAUGUGCCCUGCGACUGACUGGCGACCAGUUCAGGGUGUAGUCCGCCUUUCGCCCGAAGUCAGCUGGGAUAGGCUCCAGCGCCCCGCGACCCUAACCAGGAUAAGCGGUGUUGAAAAUGGAUGGGAAGAAAGCUUAAGAAAUUGUGUGCAAAGUGGUGCUAGCUAACUGGACUGUGGAAGCAUGUCGACUGUCUCGUGUGACAGGCUAAGGGUUGUGUGCAAGUGGUUACCAUAUCAGCGCAGUCAGAGGCUUCCAUGCAAGCCCCGCGGCUCAGUAAGAGUUUGUGAGGGGGGAAAAAAACCCAACAACAUGUCAGUUUAGAUCCGGUCAUGCGUGAUCAUCACCCCCUUCUCAGCCUGAGCUCCUUGCGACGCCUCCACGCGGCUCGUUUGUUUGUUUAGUUCCACUAAAGAACGGUUGCUGUUGUCCAUGGCAACAAGCAUCAUUGACAUUCCUCGGCUCACGCUGCAGGGAGGCGUCUUGGUUCCCUUUUCGCUCAGGCUGAGAGGCGACGGGAAAAGAGGAGGCUUUGUCAGAGGAGGUCGGCACUUACAUUGUGAUGAGUAGCUGCAUACGAAGGUGGGCGGCCUGAGAACCACCUGCAGCAGUGCAAAGUCCAAAUGCAGCACACGGAUUGGAGGCAGAGAUCAUGAGGUCAAUGAAAAGAGGUGUCAGAUAGUUGAAAAUGCUUACCCUUUUCCAAUCGCACAUAGGGUUGCAAAUGAAGGAAACAUUUACGAUACAUUUUUAUUGGCCCUACACGUGAAGACGAGUGGUAUAGAAAAUGAAUGGCUGGAUAGGAAAAUUUCCUUAGCAAUUAUAGGAAUUCUUGAGAAUUUAUGGGAAUUGACUGGGAAUUGAGGGUCAUUUCAUGGAAAGGUAUCAUAUUCAUACGUAAAUAUAAACAUUUAGUUUUGUCAUAAGCCGAUCUCCUUUCCUGCAUCAGAAGGCGUUGGCUGCUAUCAGAUUCUGAUGUUUUCAUAACCUUGUACAAAUAUAUCGCAGUUUCAAAGCAUCACAGUAUUGCGAUUAAAGCUCCAAAAUGUAUUAUUUUUGAAUGUUUGAGUAAAUAACUUUUUACAUUGAAGGCAAUCUGUUUUAUUUUUAGACAACAUAUAGUAUAUUUGGCACAUUAGUAAAUGUAAAAAUAAAAUCAGCAAUUCGAUUUUUAUGACUAAAAUCAAAAUGUAGUACAAAAGUCAAAGUACUUAUUUUUCAGAAAAUGAGUAGCUACUUCUCUGCUCUUCUCCGCUUUGUGAAGUAAUGUCAGAGCAGAAAUGAGCCUACGUUAGCAAAGCUACUUAGCCAUGUUGUCUGCCUCGGUAGCAAGUCUAUAGUAUUUGUUUCACCAAUUGUAUAAAUUUCACGCGCUAAAUUUUGUAACUGGUUACAAAUGUUUAUUUCAAGACAGCUUUGUAUUAAUAAUAACGUAACUUUGAAUUUGUCGAAGAGUAAUUGGUGACGAUCUUGUAAAUGUGAUAUUGUAUUAGAAGUAUUGCCUCCUCGAGCAGCCACUCUUCGUUGACGCAUUUUGCAUAUUCUUGCACAUACCAACAACAUGAAAGGGAAGAGUUGUGUCCCUUUGUCUGCACCGACUACUCAAAAAACAAACAAACAAACAAACAAACAGCACUUACCGCUGAUGGAAAGUUUGAGUGCUUUUGAAACCAUGACUUUUUAAGACAAUAAUCGGCUACAGUACAUUGCAGUACCUCAAUUGCUCCAUGUUUUCUUUUUUCUUCUUCUUUCAUUUCGCUCAACCGGCGGCGUAGCCAAAGCUCGCUUGUAACUCAAAUUAUGGUUCGCAACACAGGAAAAAAUAAAUAAAAAAUCUACCAAGUGACUGCUUGUAUGUCGAAAAACUGGUAAAUGAGGACUACUCAUAAUUCAAGGCACCACUGUACUUGCAUUUUCCCCAAAUAAACAUUUUAAAAAUUCCAGGUUUAUACCCAUUUAUUUACGUUAAUUCCCAUGGAAAGUUUCAACCUUUAAAUUUUGUGCCCGGAGUUGUACCACCGUGUCGUCUGUGUCAGGUUUAGACAUGUCUUACACGUGAUGCCACGCUGUCACGCUUUCCACAGCGGCCUCAUAUCGAUCCACAUCAGCUGGUCUCUGGACAGUAACAGUGAGCCGCAAGAAUCUAGUAGAGCCACUCAGAGCUUGCUGUGCCCGCUUUUUGUUGCCUGUGACUUCACAUGGCGUGCGAAUAAAACAAAGAGGUCGCUGGGUGCAUGGAGUCAUUUGAGGAUGAGAUGCUAAGGAGAUACCGUCAGGUCAGCGUGAAGGCAUGCAGCCGACCGGUGCUCCAUAGUCUCCCCGUACGCUGGCCUCUCAUCUGAUCACCUCUCAUCCUUCAUUUCCUGGGUUCUCCAUUCUUCUUUUUGCUCAUCAUGACGACCACCCUGGAAACACUGCAGACUCGUCCCGAACUGGAGCUGAGCCCCAGGCUGCUGAACGGAUGCGAAGACUCGGUGGGCCGCUACAAAGUAGUUCCCUCCGUAGUCUGCUCCAUGUGCUGCCUCUUUGGUGUCAUUUACUGCUUCUUUGGCUACCGCUGCUUCAAGGCUGUGAUGUUCCUGACAGGCCUGAUGUUUGGCUCGGUUGUCAUCUUCAUGCUCUGCUACAAGGAGCGCGUGCUGGACACCCAGCUGAGUGUGGAGGCCUCGGUGGGCAUCGGCCUGGGCAUCGGCACGCUGUGUGGCCUGGUCACCAUGCUGGUUCGCAGCGUGGGCCUCUUCAUGGUCGGCCUGCUGCUCGGCCUGCUGGUGGCCGUGGCCACCUUGGUGGGAAUGGAGGAGCUUUCCCACAGCCCGCCACGCUCUGUCUGGGUGCCUCUGGGCGUGCUGCUUGGCCUGGGCAUGCUCUUUGCCGUGCUCACCCUCCAGUGGCAGCGCAUCUUCACCACGCUGUCCACAGCCGUUUUCGGCGCAGCUGUCAUCACCGUAGCGCUGGACUACUUUGUGGAGCUCUUUGCGCUCGUUCUGUACAUGUACGAGCGGAUGAAAGCCGUCCCCGGGAAGCCAGUUUGCUGGCUUACGUGGGUGGUGCUGGGGGUGUGGCCUGCGCUCACGCUUUUGGGAGUCGUGGUCCAGUGGAAGGUGACUGCUGAAGGCUACUCGCAUACCAAGGUCAUCAUUAGUCGUCAGCAGAGGAGGAUGCAGGUGAUGCGAAUUCGCCAACGGGAUGACCGCUACCGCCACAAGAAGAAGAAGAAGAAGCAUCUCGGGUCCUCCUCCAACCAAAGCCAAGCCAAGCAACUCCACCAGGAACCUGCCCAUCGCCGCAAGCCAAACCCAAUUCGCCGCUAUGACACUGACGUCCUCUCACCUAGCUACAUCCAGAAUUUCCGGGACCGACAGGUGCAGGCUCAGCCUUUCCCAGGACAGCUCCUCGGUGGGCCACACGCCGUGGUGGAUGUGGGCUACGAAUCUGGCUCGACGGCGCCCCUCACUGGGGCCACGGGACCUUCCCUACGACUCUAAUACGUUACCUUGACUCACUCAAGAAACACUUACUGUACAUUCACCUGUGCGUGCACACCCGUGCUAGUUGUAUCCAUGCACAGUGGAUGGGGAAACACUUCCAGUCAUGACCUCCUCUCACUGCAUGAUUUCACUCACACGCUGAAACACACAAACACACAUACAGCAGCUUGUAUGUGAUGGGUCGUCAUCUGUUUCAGUGCCUCAGAUCACAUCAGGGAUCAGAAUGCAGACCCAACUCAGGCACUGGCAUUCUCACAACAACAAAAACAGAUGAUCCUCAAUCUGCAGGUCCCUUGUGCCAUCUGGAUUCCAUUAGUCAACUUUCUAAUGGGCCUUGUCCCUCUUGGUGCUGGACCAUAAUGUCUUCAAGUGGAUUUUGCUGUAAUGGGUGCCUUGCUCCUCCUGUAAACUAUGGAGGGGUGUUCUGCCAGCGUUUGGGUGCUCACACAGGGUCACAUUUGAUUCGGGGCUUAGCUUGUUGUCUUUACCAUGCCAGGACCUGUGAGGAGAGAGUGCACGUUGAGCCAACUACAGUUCUAGAAAGCCAUAUGGAUAGUGGCACUUUGCCACAACUCUCCCAAACACACGUGCUGGAAACCAGAGACACAAUUUCUCACAGCUUGCAUUCAGUGCCACCUUCACACAAUCUCAUCAGAACCCCAAAGAUCAUUUUGAGCUCUAUCAUGCUCAAGCUCAGUGUUUCUCAAAUUUUACUGAUCCAACCCACAUAUUUUACAUUAGAAAAAUCUCACGGCACACCACCAAACAAAAGAUUUUUACCAAAAGUACUGUAUAUAUGUACUGAAAUAAUGAUGGUCUCAUCUCAAUUUACUAAAUGUGAAAUGUGGGUCUAUUUAGUUAAGCACAUUAUUCUUUUUUUAUGAAUGGCAACAGGUGAAUGCACCGGUUAAAUGGACCUCCCACUAGCAAAGUGACAAGUGGCCACCAUCUUUAUGGAAUUUUCUAAAAAACAUGGAAAGAGCACUUGCAAUGCCUCUAAACUUAUCCAUUACAAAUACAUUGACGAAAAUAUCAUGGAUGACUAAAGUAAAUUACAUUUUCUACUGCCUUCACUGCUCUUCUCAUGAAAAAGUGUUGCAUAUGCGCAGUUUAAAUUGAGUUUUUAGGGCAAGUGACACCGCUUGAAACGUAAUUUUGACACGUCCACUUGGAGGGCCCCUCGGAAUUUCGGCCCAGCUUGUUGCUGGAUACUUUUAUCUGAAACUUGUCAGCCAGUUGGAGAAGAGCUUUCCCGAGUAGCAGAUGGAACGAAAGGGUUGAGCAGAUAUGUUGAAAAAUAAUUAAAUUGUACUGUUUCACUCUAAUUUAAAGGUAUUUUUGACCAGAUUCUCUAAAGGCGUUUUUUCCAAUUUUUUCCAAUACAAAAUAAUAACUAUCUUUUUUGUGAACUUAUCAUCUGAUUUUCAAAAUCCUUGGUGCAUUGUACUUAGGUUAAAAUGGCCAUUCCAACCAGAGUCAGCAUUUUGACACUCAUUUUUAGGAAAUCUUGUCACAUUGCUACUUCUACCAAGUAGUGGAAUAGCAAAAUGCUUGUUCUGUCUUGUCACUUUAUGUCGCUGGCAUAGCUUGAUGCACAAACAUACAUUAUUUGCAGGAAAUACAUUUACUGCAAAUAAUAAAUACAUUUAGAAAUGGGGUAAUUUCUCAUGGCACACCAGAUGAUCUCUUUCACACUAAUGUGGUUGGGAGUCACUUCUAGCUUCAAGCACUUGAAGCGUUCUGUUUCGGUUGGAGCGUUGAGGUUUAAUGCAUUGCUUCUAUGGUCAGAUACGUUUCACCUUCUGUUGUUGUCACAAAGCGACCUGUUAACAUCAUUAAGUGUCAGAGAGGCAGAUUAGGCUGUGGAGAGUCCCUUAAUGGCAUAAUUUCUGUAAAAAUAUGAGUCUUGACCUUUGUAAAAGCAAGGAGAGAAUGUAAAAUACAUUAUGUUUGCAUGAACUAAAGCCCCCUCACGCAUGAUAGUGGCUUCCUUUAGUCUCCAAAAACCCACAAAACCCUCAGUGUGCACCCAAGUCAACUUUUACAGAAGAACAAUUUGUCCUCUUUCUCUGUUAUCUUUCCUUUGGUUGGAAUCUAUAAGGAAACAAUUGUUUUUCCAUUGCGAUGUAGUUUUAUUCCAACACUAAAGCAUGCCUUCCUGUGGCCCAGUGUGCUGUCAGUGUAUGGGAGUUGUUCUUGUUGUUUCAUUUUGACACAUAAAGUUCAAUGUAUUUAUUUUUUAUUAUUGCAGAUUGAACAUCUCUAGUGCUCAUUGGUGCACAGAUACCCAUUUGAGUUGCUCACACUGUCCAACACUUCUCUCAGCCCACACAUCAAAAGACUUUUAUCUCCUCCAUCUGUCUACUCUUGAUAACAUGUUCUCUAACCUGUCUGUAUAUGUAGAAAUAUGUAGAUAAAAUCCAUUGCUACAUGCACAAACACAUUGAUAAUAAACUGGUGAUGUUAAUCACAUCACUGUUGGUUUA